CGUCCAUUGGAGAUCCCGAAAGUUUAAUCUAAAUGGAUCUGCACACUUUUGAAGUAGAUUCAAGAUCUCUGCGCGUACGUCCCAUGUCAUUCACUUUGACGUCCUCACUCAUUUUGUUGAUGUGAUAAUUUUUUUCCAGGGAACAACGAGAUUGUGUGGUUUAGGACGUCUCGGCAGACUCCUUCGUUUGUAGUAGAAAGACACUACUACCACAAAAAUGGUACGGGUUAACCAGAUCAAGCUCAACCAGGUGGUCUCCAAGGCCAAGUCCGUCCGAAAGGCGGGCAAGAACAAACCGAUGAAGCUCCGAAAGAGCCUUACCCCGGGAACCAUCGCAAUUGCACUUACCGGUCAGUUCCGUGGCUCCCGUGUUGUCGUGCUCAAGCAGCUCGAGAAGAGCGGUAAAAUCUUAAUUUAGAAAUGAUAGAGCCAUUCCCUAUCGAAUGAUCUAAGCGUACCUGCAUGGCAUAGUCAAGGACGGACUGGUGACUGCAAAUUUUUCAACUCUAAGAGAUGAAUUCGCGCAAUAUCUAGGUAUUCAAUUGUCCCUCAUAAAAUCUGAGCAGAGCCAAGUUGUUUAUUCACAGACAAACCACUCAUAACUCCGCUACAACAGGUCUCUUGCUCGUCACCGGACCGUUCAAGGUCAACGGUGUCCCGCUCCGCCGCAUGAACGCUCGAUAUGUCAUCGCUACUUCUACCAAGAUCGAUGUCUCCAGUGUCGACACCAAGAAGUUUACCGAUGAGUACUUCGCUCGCGCUGACAAGGCCAAGGGAAAGAAGGGUACUAACUGGCCUAAACGAACAUACGUUUUGCUUGCAUAUAUCGUGUACGACUGUCUAGCUUUGUGCGAAGUGUCUUCUAGGUCGCACAAGAAUUGGUAAAUUUCUGUGUGUUGGAAAAUUGCACGGAAAUUUACGAGAAGUCUAAAAUCUCUAGAUUCUAUUUUCUACAGUAGGAUCGUUCACUUCGCCUCCUUUUUACACUCGUUCAGGUGCCCCUUCCUUCCUCGACAAGGAAAAGAAGCCGGAAUUGAGCGCCGCUCGCAAGGCCGACCAGGCUGCCGUUGACAGCAAGCUGUUGGCGAAGAUCGAUGCCGUUACCAAGAAGUAUUUGAAGAGCAAGUUCGCUCUCUCCAACGGCGACAUGGCUCACGAGCUCAAGUUCUAAGUACCUCUAGUUGAGUGGAGAUCAUCAUAGAACAAAACAUCCGAAGAAACAGUGCUUCACGGGAGAGUGAAGCCUAAGUGCCGAGCUGGAGGCCCUGGGUAGUUGCGAAUUGCGGUCGGGGCGUACUCAGAAAUGAUGGGUCAUGAUUGAUCUAGCACGUAAAACUGCGAAGGAAGGUUGUGAUCUCAGAAGUUUCUCUCAUGUGCUCUCAUGUAAAUCCGGCUACUGCCGAGAAGAAGCCACAAUAAACAUCGCGCCCGCCAAGGCGGGGCUUUCUAACGACCGUGCUUUUUCCUAGAACGACGCGUGUCCACCGCUGGUGUACGUCCCACGAGAAGCGUGAAAGUAUAUUCGAUGCGUGCUAAAAGGCUCGAUCGAGAGAUUCUAAGAGCGAC